GUCAGCGCGCUGCGCACGAGAGCAACAACCUCAUAAUUCCUGGAUAUUUUGCGCGAGGGACAGUGCGCGAGCGCAGCGCGCAGGAAGAAUUCGCCUUUCGUUCGCUGAGAGCAGAAGCGCUUGAGGCUGAGGAGCAGAGCGCGCGAAUGGUUUUCAAAAUGAACCGUUAACGGACGUUGAAAAUGAAGAGGCUUUCUCGAAAGCUGACUUUAGCUCUUGCGGCGCUGUUUUGGUUUGCCGCUUUGCUUUAUUUCAUUUUGCUGAAUAGUCGAAAAAUACUACCUGACCAAAGAAGCGAACAGCCGCAAGUAAAGGAGAUCUCAGAUGCUGAGUGGGAUGACCUGUUGGAAGAAUUUGAAGAGAAAAGCUACCUCAGUGCUCACAAAUGGAAACCAGGCCAAGACCCCUACAGCCUGUAUGCUUUCAAUCAAAGAGAAAGUGAGAGAAUACCCAGCAACAGAGCACUUAGAGACACACGACAUUACAGGUGUACAACACUGCACUAUGACUCUGACCUGCCGCCCACCACCAUUGUGAUUACAUUCCACAAUGAAGCCAGAUCCACACUACUGCGCACUGUUAGGAGUGUGUUGAAUCGGACCCCUGUGCAUCUAAUUCAUGAGAUCAUACUGGUGGAUGACUUCAGCGGAGAUCCAAAUGACUGCCUUCUUCUCACCAAGUUGCCCAAAGUAAAGUGUCUUCGCAAUCAUCGUAGAGAAGGACUGAUCCGGUCCAGAGUUCGAGGGGCGGACGCUGCUGGAGCCGGUAUCCUGACAUUUUUGGACAGUCACUGUGAGGUCAAUAAAGACUGGCUGCCUCCAUUGCUGCAGAGGGUGAAAGAGGAACCGACCUGUGUCGCCAGCCCUGUGAUUGACAUCAUAAAUAUGGACACGUUUGCCUAUGUUGCAGCUUCCUCAGACUUGCGAGGAGGCUUUGACUGGAGUCUACAUUUUAAAUGGGAGCAACUAUCAGCUGAAAAGCGAGCCAGGAGAGCUGACCCCACUGAGCCCAUUAAAACGCCCAUAAUUGCAGGAGGACUUUUUGUGAUUGACAGAUUGUGGUUCAAUCAUUUGGGGAAAUAUGACACAGCCAUGGACAUCUGGGGAGGAGAGAACUUUGAGAUCUCUUUCAGAGUAUGGAUGUGUGGAGGAAAUCUGGAAAUAGUUCCCUGUAGCAGAGUUGGCCACGUUUUCCGCAAGAAACAUCCCUACAUCUUUCCAGAGGGCAAUGCCAACACUUACAUAAAGAACACCAGAAGGACAGCUGAGGUUUGGAUGGAUGAGUUCAAACUGUUCUACUACUCAGCUCGACCGGCCGCAAGGGGGAAAUCUUACGGAGACAUUCACGGCAGGCAAGAGCUCCGAAAGAGUCUCAAGUGCAAAUCCUUCAAGUGGUAUCUGGACAAUGUCUAUCCAGAGCUCAAGGUCCCUGAUGAUUCAGAUGCCAAGUCUGGUGUGAUCCGACAGAGGCAGAACUGUCUAGAGUCUCGUAUAUUUGAAGGGCAGAAUCUCCCAAUGCUCACACUCGCAUCCUGCAUUGGCACCAAAGCAGUCAACCAGGAGUGGAUCUACACCCAUGGACAGCAAAUUCGCCAGCAGCAACACUGUCUUUCCGUCUCCACCACUUUCCCUGCCUCCCAGAUCCUGCUCGUGUCCUGCAACAUCAGCGAUGGCAAACAGCGUUGGCAGAAAUCUGGCACUCACUUGGAACAUCUGGCAUCUCGUUUCUGUGUGGACAGCGAGAUGGCUCUGGACGGCAUUGAGAGCAGUAAAAUGCUGGUGAUCAGCCCGUGUGAACUGUCAGCCCACACUCAGAGAUGGGAGAUGCCUUUCGCAUGAUCCUUCCUUCCUGACCUCUCUUCAACUUUCAGAGCUCAGCUGGAGUCAGAGAUAGAUAGAGAGGCAGAGAGAUAGAGCGAAAGAGAGAGAGAGAGAGAGAGAGAGAGAGAGAGAGAGAAAGAAAGAGCUCAGUGUGUACCUCCAGGAAAGGCUACAUCUGUGUCCUGCUGUUCUGCUAUGUCCACUCCCUUUGUCUCUUCAGCACACCCCAGGUAUACUCAGUGAAAUGAUAAUAUUACCACUGAUAUAGUAAUGUUGAUUUAAAGUAUGGAUGUGUCUGAAACAGAUGGCAACUGCCAGACAGUUUUUAAUGCAAGUACAUAUUAAAUAAUCUAGUUUAGACCAGGUUCCAAGGCACCGUUUAAUAUGUCUGAAGGUUUAGAACAAAUUCAAUUGAGCUUGGUUAGAGAUAACCAAGAAAAUAUUACAUUACUACUAUCUGUUGAUAAUAAAAGUAUUAUUUUACAUUAUUGUAUUACUCCUAAUAAAAAGUUACUUUUGCGUUACUUGAAUUACAUUUAAAAAAAAUGUAUUCUAUUAUGUAGCAUACAUUACAGUAGUCAUCUAAUUUAAGAUUAUAAUUUGUGAAAAAACUGAAAGAAAAAAAAAAUAAUAAAAAUCAAUUUGCGAUUAAAGCAGCAUUUCCAUCCAAUUUGCACAAGAGAACAAAAUUGUCAUUUCCGGGGAAAUUGGAACAAAAUGAAAGUUGUAGCCACUGGGUUUUUUGUUCAAUGUAAUAAAUGACUUGCUGUUUAGAGUGCACACACAAAAGGCACUCAUGAACCUCAUGUUUGCUUGCUGUCGGUGGCAGAUGCCUUAUAUCUGGGAACGUAAGCAUGCCAGCCAGUUCUGGGUGGUAAUUGUAGCAGUAAUUUUGCUGACAAGCUUUGGAUCUGGCUUUUCAGAAUGACUAGAGUAACAUUUGAGAUGCUGUGCAAUGACGUUGGCUAGUUUAUUUGAGUGAAUUCGGUCACAUAAUGUUUUUGAUGCACAUUUUGAAUGAAAUUGGUAAAAAAAAAAAAUAAUAAUUCCAUUGUAGUUUAUGCACAUAUCUUCUUGACCAAAAAAAAUUAUUAUCCACCUCAAGUGAGCGUAUAACGUUUAAUGCGCAUUUGAGAUUUUAUUUGCAUCAGCAUUUAUGAGAUAUCCCAAAAGUUACAUAAAAAUAUGUGGAUGGAAGCCCAGCUACUGAUUACAGUAUAAAUUAACUGAUUUCUUCCAACCACUACAUCAGAUGACAAUUUUAUGAUCAAAUUUGAUCAACUACUGAAUUACACAUACAGCAUUACAGGUUAUCAAAAACAGCCAAGUAUAUCUACUCUGCCUUCAAAAAAAUCAACCAGAUGGAGGUAUCUUAAUAGACAGGAUGUUAUGCAAAAAUGCAAUUCAUACCUGCCCUGAUGACAUUAUAUAUUGUCAGGUAAGACCUAAUAUUUCAAAAACUAUAAAAAUCUGACAUACAUAACCAGCACACUGUAACCAGUCUCCCUGUAUAUGUUCAUGUGCUUUGGCAGGCUGUUAUCGCUGCUUAUUCUCUUUUCUCUCUCUCUACCAAGGAUCCCCAGAGUGUCAAUCACACCGAUGCUCUCCAGAACAGAGUUUGGCAGCUGGACCCACAAAAACUUGCGGGACACACACACACCGAGUGAGAUGCUCACUCAUACUGGAGAACUACGCACAAUCUUGUUUUUCUUUGUAGCUUGAACUCGCCCCAAUACAAAGCACUUGUGUGAUACAUCUGCUUGCACAUUAAUAAUACAAUAAAU